AUUUGAAAAGGCGUCCGGGGCUGUGUGCGCGCCCUGGGCGCGACGAGCCGCGCUGGCCCCGGACCCCCUGCGCGGGCAGCAGCCGCCGGGGCUCGGCUCGCCGAGGGACGGGGCUUCCCUUUGGGAGCCGGAGCAGCGGUCCCUGUGCCCCGGGCACCCCUGCCCCGCCGUCCCCGGUGCCGGGGGCACCGCCGCGCAGUGGGAUCCCGCCGUGACCCCGGCCGGGGGAGGCACGGUGGGGCCCCGCGCCCGCCGUGCUGUGUGAGAGGAGAAGGCGGGGGGGGGCGGGCGGGAGGAAAACCUUCUUGCAAAAAUGCAGUUCGCUCUUUUCUUGUCCUGGUGCUGCUGCUUGCAUGGAUGCGCGCUAGGGACUGGCUUCCUCUAUCAAUUCCCAGCAUCAACCCUGCAGCACAACUACCCAGAGCAGAGCUCGGGCUCGCCGGGCAGCGGCUUCGCCAGUCGCCGGCAUUGGUGUCACUAUACGGUUACACGGACGGUUUCCUGCCAAGUGCAGAAUGGGUCAGAAACGGUGAUCCAGCGAGUUUAUCAGAGCUGCCGGUGGCCAGGACCUUGUGCCAACUUAGUGAGUUACAGGACUCUCAUCAGGCCCACGUACAAAAUGUCCUACCGAACUGUGACCACGCUGGAGUGGAGGUGCUGCCCUGGCUUCACUGGGAGCAACUGUGAAGAGGGAUCUCACAGGAGACAAUUUACCUUGCGCUCUCCCAGCUUCCCUGCUUUGUACCCCAUUCUGUCUGAAUGCAUGAACUGCACGAGACUUGCGGAUAUGACCGAGAGGCUAAACACGCUUGAGGCUAAGAUCCUUCUGCUCGAGGCUGCGGAGCGAAGCCCACCGUUGGAAAACAACCUGCCAAUCACUGGGACGACGGCCACGUGGUACGACGACUUGCUGCCAGAUGCCUUUCCCCUGCUAAAUCCCAGGACUGUCCUGAGGAAAACAGUGGGAUCUGUUGAGCCUAAAGGACACCGAGGUGCAGAGGAACAGCUAAUACCACAGGGGCUACCAGGACAGGUUGGUCCUCCAGGCCCGGUCGGACCAACUGGUCUUCCAGGACCACCAGGGCCAAAAGGAGACAAGGGACAACCUGGUGAGAGGGGCCCAGCAGGGCCGCCAGGGCUGUUGGGACCUCAAGGACCAAGAGGACUUCCAGGAGAAACCGGGAUCCCAGGUCCCCCAGGUCCUCCAGGGCCACCAGCCACCCCAAGCCUCCCUCUUACCUUCCAACAAGGGGUUCUCUACUCGCUCCAGCCCACAGCUGAAAAAGAAAAUGGAGAACCCCAGCUGGCCUCCACCGUCAUAGACACCAUCAUGGCUGGCCUGCCAGGACCGCGGGGAGCCCCGGGCCCCGUUGGGCCACCAGGGCCCCCAGGUGCAUCAGGACCCAAAGGGCCACCAGGACCUAUCGGAGUCCCUGGAUCACAAGGCUUACCGGGCUCUCCAGGACAACCUGGGCCAAAAGGCUCCAAAGGAGACCGAGGAGAGAGAGGGCAAGCAGGUCUGCCUGGAGAGAGGGGCAUUAAGGGAUUUCCUGGUGAACCAGGCAAGAAGGGUGAGGAAGGUGACAAAGGUGCUGAUGGGGAAGGUGUUCAACAGCUUCGAGAAGCUCUGAAGAUUUUAGCUGAGAGGGUAUUAAUUCUUGAGCACAUGAUAGGAAUUCAUGACUCUUUAUCUUCCAUUGAGCCAGGCUCUGGACAAGAUGUGAUCCCAGGCUCCCCUCUGCGAACCAGCAUCAAGAUCAAACGUGGAGGACCCCAGCAGCCGCAAGCCUACCAGAUCCUCUCUUCACUGCUGGAUGACAGUGAAGCCAACAGGAGAAGCAAUCGGAUGAAGUAGGAGCAUCUGUGUGUUCUCUGUGCCUGUUCACCUGUUAAAGAUACAGUAUCCUAGUGCUUAAUUGCAGAGUGCAAAUGAAGUGGGUAGGAGGCUGCAGUGUUGGCAACCGGGUUUCCUCACCUGGCCAAUACUACGCCUGUAUUGCAGGGAAUGUCUUAUCCAUAGCUCAGAGAGGGUCUUAUGAACGUUUUCCUUGAUUUUAUUGUUUUGCCUUUGGAAUACCAGAUGGCCGGUAUCCCUACAAACUGUCUACAGAAAUGACACCUCCUGACUGUGUCUCAAGGGUUUAAUCCUCCCCUUGUGUCCUCACUGCCCGUGAAAGUGACUCAGUUAAAACACUGCUUAACUGGCUGAGACAAUCGAUCCCAUCUAGACUCAAGACCAAGCCUUAGCCUUGUCCAUUGGUAUAGUUGGUGGCACCUGCUUUUAUUUCAUGUUGUGGUGUCAUGCUGACUUCCAGGUGAAGACAUCAUUUCCAUAGGCCAUUAAAGCAUGACCUGCAAGAAUUUCUUUUAAGCAAAGAACAAAUUGGAAAAUUCAAAGAACAUUUAAAACUGUUACUCUGAAAAUAAAGGUUACUCUUUGGCCUUUAGCAUCAAAGUCUUGGCUUUUCAAGUUGCUAAUUGCAUGCGAGUGGCAUUAUUUCUAUAUGUGGUUGGCUAAGCAAGGACUUUUGAUGCAAAUGUUCACAGCAACUUUGACUUUCUGUCUAUCUUCAGUGAGGUUAGACUGUUUCUGUGAAAAUACAGAGCAGUUUGAGAUAUGAUGGACUUGUGCAAGAAUUUUCCCAUAUUGUGUUCAGCUUGUGCAUACCUCCAGAGAUAAUUAAGUUAAAUAGUACCAAUAACUAUUCACAGGAAAAGAUGUUUUUGCAAUAGUUUCUUAGUCAAUAAGGAAAAACGUUUUCACACUGUUUCAUUUUUAUCUUGUGAGUAAAUCCUUGCCGUUUGAAUCUGGACGCAAUGUAGUAGCAAACCACAGCCUAAGGAAUUAGUGUCUUGUCAAGAGCUUAUCCUCUACUGGGAGUUAAAUACAAAGUCAUUUUACUUUCUGCAAUAACUUGUUUUUUUGGGGGAAGUCCCAGCUUCCAGGGUUAAGAAGCUGAACCUGCCCUUCCGUGACAAAUUAAUUACUACAUCUGUGCAAACCGAAUCAGACAAGUUGAUGUCAUUCAUGUAGACAGUGAUUUUUCUUAGAAAGGGUGAGACUAACCAACAGAAAGGAUGGGUACUAUUUUUAAAUAUGUUUUUAAUUCACAUACACACACCCCUCCCCGUUCUGCCAGUUUUCAGAUUCAGCCCAGGACGAAAGUGAGCAAAUUGAAUUUGUGUUGUCAUUUUAUUGCGUAAGUCAGGUGAACUGGCCACGUCCCAUCUGGUUCAUAGUGCAAGAUACAGCCCUCUGAAAAAGGCAAACUGUACUGCUACAAUAUUUCUGUCAAAAGCUGUUGCAAAGACCAACAACUAUAUGGUCCAUGUAUUCAGCAGCCCUUGUCACCCAAAGUGAUCUUCCUAAGGCAAAACCAGAAGCAUGUGGUACACUGGAAAUGAGACUGAAGGAGCUCUGCCAGCCCAAUAUUAGCCACAGAUUAAAUUAACUUCCCAUAUACAUUGUAAACAUGGUAGAUCUACAGAGAUGUCAGAACAUCCAAAUCUUCCCUCUGAAGAGCAUUGUUUUCAGAAAUGAACAGGUUACAGGCUACUUCAGGGUGACUGAAUUCACUAUAUGUCUUCAUUUGGCCCUGUUCUUUAGAAGUCCAACUAUCUGUCCCAAAACAGGGGAAAUGGUGUUCUUUGAUGCUGAGAGCACCGGAAACUUGUCCUCGUACAGAAGCUUUUUACUGCUCUACAACUAGAUAAUAAACAGCCUUGGUUUAAGCUGGCUUGGAGGCAGCAGUAAAUGCAUUUACUUGCCCUGCUUUUGAAUCCUCACAUUGCUUGGCUAAUGCCAGUAGUGGUGCUCAUUCAGCAGCCAACCCAUGUCGUUCAGGUUGUACUUCCAUAUGUGCAAGGUUUCCUUUGGGCAUUUCAAAGAAACAAGCCCAAAGCGUUACAAAAGUUUGAAGGGAAGGUACGCUCAGGUGCUCUCUUUCCCUAAGACGCCAACAUUUGAAGUAAAUGCAGAGUUUUGCCAAGAGCUGACGCUUUGGGCUCCAGAAUUCCUUUGCCUGCCUGUACGCCGAAUUACAGCUGGAGUGUGAUAGAGUCAGAAGAAAAGAAGUAAAACUACCCAAGUCAAGCAGGUUGCUGACCUCAAGCAGUCGCCCUGUAUUCAUAAUCCUUUUGGGAGAAUGAAAUAAAGUCUCUCGAGUGCAUCUUCAUUGCAAAUCCAGUACUAACUCUAAUGACAGUAUGUCUAUAAAUGAUGCUGAAUUAAAUCAGUGGGUUAAAGGCGGCUAGCAACCAGCCUUCAGCCUGGAAACAGGCACGAAUGCGAACAGCUCAGCUUUUCAACAUUUUGCAAAUGACUGAGGUGCUGUACAGCAGCCUACGUCCCUCCAUUCACUACUGUGAGGGCCACAGCUCUGUUGGUGGACAGGUAAGCAUGGUGCAGCCCCUGAUAUAUUCUUGGAAUAAUCUUUCCAUUUAAGAAUUAAAUGUGGAAAAAAAAAAGUUUCCCCAUUUACAGGCUGAUUACCAUGUAGGAAUUGAGAAGUACUUGAUUGCCUCUUUGUUGAAUGGGGACCAUCUUGGUCUUGAUCGUUUGGAUAUUUCAAGACCUAGCUGGGGCCUUCCAGGAGAUGAAGCCUUCCAUUAUGCCUACCAGAAGGCGUUGGAAGAUCAGGUCCCAAAGCCUGAGGAGAAAGCCCAGUGCAGUCUAAACGUGUGCACUGGGCAGGGUGCUGCAAGCUACAGUCACUGGCCGCAUUAAGCAAAUGUCCUCAUGGCAGUUUCAGGAACUAAAGUAAACCAAAGCAAUCUUUAAAAAGGGAAACAGCAAAAUUCAGUUUCACUGGUCUCGUAGCUACAGGGUUGAAUUUGGGGAAGAGGGAGCACAAUGAGGCCAUUUUCACUUCCCUGACAUUUUGGAGCCUUCACGCUGAAUUGAAAGAGAAAUAUUUUUUUUCCUCCAAGUUUGUCUUCCUGACUUCGAAGCUAUUGCAUUACCCGGGUGAGUGCUCUCUCCGAGUCAUUCGUAUUGACUAAGAUUUUGGAUUUUGAAAUAUUUAAAACUAAUGACUGGCAAGAUGAAAAGACGUUUAAUGGAAAGUGUUUGCAAUGAAUCCUGCCAAGUCAAUUGUCAAAAGGCUGGUUAGGUUUGGGUUGCAACCAUUUUAAUUAUUGACUUUUCCAGAUUUCUGUAUGAGCUAUGUAAUUUUUUUCUCUCCACACUUCUUGCUUCAUUUAGCUCCAUCUCUCUGUCAUGCGGUACUGUAUCUUUAAUUUGGGUGACAGGAGGCUUAUACCAAGCGGACUUUCUCUCUCAGCUGGGGUUUCAUCCUCUCUACUUACAAAAGGGUUGGACCACACUGUUGUGCAGGCCCAGUUUAUGUUUUAAAGGUGAACUCGGCCUCACAUGCUGACAUUAAUGAUAUUCAUGACUGAGCAAACCGCUCCAACCACAUUUUUCCAUCUUAGGCAAGAUACUAAGGUUCUUUUUAGCCAGGGCAUAUAAUGCCUCUUGCCGUGGCUACGUAACUUAGAGAGUGGAUUUAUUUCAUUUAGAAAUAUAUUUUAAUUGAAAUGUUUAGUGCUUUAUCUUACAUGCAUACUGUGCAAUACCAUAGUGUGUUCUUUUCCUUUCUUUUUUUCCCUAAGGCUUUGAAAUUCUUAAUGUUUCUUUGAGCUCCAAUGUGGUUUUGACUUGGAUUGGUUCUGGUAGUAAUAACGCAUUUUCCUUGCCUUGGGCUAACCAGAAGCAGCAGCAGCACAUUGCACAACCAAAAAUCUCUGUGGUCCGGGCACCCUGAUGUUCACCAGCAAUCUGGUACUCCUGGGAGGUGGAGAAUGCUUCUCUCCAGAGUAUCGAAUUUGCACUUACUGUAAAGAAUUGAUAGCAACCCAGGGAAAUAGGAAUAAACUAGAGAGAAGAGCCCUCACCUGCUCCCACCAAACUCCACAGUAAUUUUGCCAUCAACUUUCAAAGGAACAGGCCAUAAAAUCAGAUCCAGCUCUUCCGCUAGCACGGACUGGUGCUGCUUUCCGUGGAGCAAAGCAUAUGGCUCCCAAGCGGCUUUCUGAGCGUUUGGCUCUGGGGUUGGCGUUCACACCCGGUCUCUGCAAUGAACGAUUUCAAUGUAGGAACCCGACCACUGUGACAAAGGCUUCUAAAAGACAAUCAGCUUCUAGAAUUACUUCUCGAUACAGUUUAUUGGAACUCCACUCUCCUCCACGUUUACACCUUCUGUCCUGUUCAGGAUGACAUUCCGAGUGUGGUGGUAUAGGGGUUUAAGCUACUCGGUUUCUGUGAUUGUGUUGAAACUAAGCAAUUCAAAGGUGCUAUAAUUGUUCACAAAGCACAUUCCCAUCCGUAGAAGGAAACGUUAACUUUUUCAACUAGUUAUUUUACGCAGUAUUUUUUUAUUUAUAUCAGUGUGUUUCGUAUGUGUGCAAAUGGUCCCGGCUUCUCUCAUUGUAAUAAGCUUUACAACCAUUUGGUCUUUUAUAGGGCAGCCAUAUGCAGUAUCUUGCAAUCAUGUGUAAUUUCUUAACUUAGAAUAAAUCUCAUCUGAUACGAUGAACUCAUUUAUGGCAGGCUCUAAUGUUUGUUGUAAACACAACCUGUUUGUUCCACCUCUUGCAUGGUUACUUACCUGUUUUCAUAUUGCUAUGUUAUUGUUCAAAUUAUCUAUUUCUCUUUAUUUGCUAUGGGGUUUGUUACUGUAUAUGGAAUGUUUUGUAUUCAGCAUUUUCUUACAGAGCAGAGUGGGAACAGUACUCAAGAACCCACGAAUACCAAAGACCUUUCAUGUAAUGCACUGAGAAAUAAACUUACUGUACAUGAAUAA